UCUUACGCGGUGACAGAACUGAAAUUGAAUGGAAGGUGCCUAGAAUUGUGAACGAAAAUAUAGCCCUCGCCCACAAGAUUAUAGAUGAAGAAACCCCGGAGAGAGAGAGAGAGAGAGAGAGAGAGAGAGAGAGAGAGAGAGAGUCUCUGCUCAUGUUCACAAUACUCACCCCCUAUAAAUAUACGUGUAAGUCUGAUUCCGCAUACUUGUCUACUAAAACACACACCCAAAUAACUAGCUAGACUGAAGAGAGCAACCAAAUGGAGCACGAACUCGGUGAAGCUGCAAUUAAAGGGGACACCGAUUCACUGGACGCCAUAAUCCAAAAAGAUCCACUGAUUCUACACAAAUUUGCAGACGGAUGUUUCAAUGGCGCCACAAGUCCUCUCCACGUGGCUACAUCAAACAACCGAACACACUUUGUCGAAGAACUACUGCACCGCCAACCGGAGCUCACAGAAGUCUUAGAUUCGCAACUACGGUCAGCCCUCCACCUGGCAUCAGCCAAGGGGCACGACGAGAUUGUGAAAGUAUUAGUGAAGGCCAACUCCGAGAUGUGCUUGGUUUGCGAUCGGGGCGGUAAAACCCCACUCCAUAUUGCUGCCGUGAAAGGCAAGAUCAGUGCCUUGAAAGAGUUGGUUAGAAACUGCCCGGAAGCGGCUCGAGUCAAGGUGGACCGGAAUGACACAAUCUUGCACUUAUGUGUCAAGCACAACCAGUUGGAGAGCUUGGAGAAACUUUUGGACAUAAUACAAGGCCAGGACUUUGUCAACGCCAAGGACAAUGAUGGAAACACCAUUUUGCAUCUAGCUAUUUUGUAUAAACGAUUCAAGAUUGCGAGUCAUGUCCUAGAGAAGAAAACAAUAGAUGUGAAUGCGACAAAUGCAAGUGGACAUACAGCAAUGGACCUUUUGUUUCUUGAACCAAAUAAAAAAGAAGUGGAACCUUUCGAAGACGUACUUCGACAAGCCAAUGCUGAACGUGCGAAGGAUCUCGUAGGUGGCGAUUGGCUCACGAAGAAAAGGGAUUCUUUAAUGGUUGUGGCGUCACUUAUUGCGACAAUGGCAUUCCAAGCUGCAGUGAAUCCUCCUGGUGGUGUUUGGCAACAGGACUCUGAUACAUAUCGAGCCGGGGAAGCUGUAAUGGCUUACAAUUACCAAGAUUCUUAUCCGUACUUCCUUCGCUUCAACACGAUCGGAUUCGUUGCGUCUUUGAGCACGAUUCUGUUGCUCAUCAGCGGAUUAAAAUUCAAGAACAAGGCUACAAUGUGGAUCCUCAUGGUGACCAUGUGGUUGGCAAUUACCUCAAUUGCAAUUACAUAUGCGUUUGCCAACGUUGUGGUUACUCCUAUAAAGGACCGGCGAUCACUCAGUUAUACCAUUAAAAUUGGAGUUAUAGUGUGGUCGGGGGUGAUGUCACUUCUGCUGCUGAUACACACAGUUAACUUGGUGAGAAUUUUUGUGAAAGAGAAAAGGAGUAGAAUGAAGGCCAUCAAAAGGAUUAUGGGAUUCAAGCCACAGAGUCUGCUUUCCCUCACUCGGCUGUCACGUGUCAGGCAGCGUGAGGAUCAUGUAUAGAGGAAAGAGAGAGCUCUCUUACUUUGCUGCUUUGCAUCGGAAGAUAUUAUUGGAUAUAAUAUUUUAUUUUGAAUGUGAAUGUAUAUUGAUUUGAUUUGGAGUUAUAUUUUUGAAUGGGAUCUGUUCAUCAUAGACGGACACGUUUUUUAUGAACAAAUGUGUCUCUUCUUUUGGUGACCUAUUGUAGAGUCACCAGUUAGUCUAUAAAUGUCAUUAUUUUCAAUCA